AAAAGGAUGGUUUGGGGCCAGUUGCCAGUACAAGUGUCACUGCCGCCUUGAUUUAUGUGAGUCUGUUGAUGGAUCGUGCACUCAGGGAGAUUCAUGUGCAAGUGGAUGGUUCGGUCCAGCAUGUCAGUAUGAGGACUUGGUACAGAGUGAGACCCUAGAUCAAAGUUUACUGCCUCCAUUUGUUGUCAGGGAUAGCAAUGACAAUACUUGUGUUGAUGAUAGCACACAGAGGGUAAUUAUUGUCUGGACUAUACCUUAUCAGUUCACCUGGCUGAGGGCUGUUGUCAAAGAUCCUGAUGUCUUGAGCAGAUUGUUUCUUCAGUUUAAAACCGACAGUUCUCAGUCAGUCAACUGCACAAACCAUCAGCAAGCCAGAGUCAAUGAUAGAACGGUGGACAUUCACUGUGACUUGAGUGAGAUGGUGAAACAAGUCAUAAUAACUGGCGAGGGCGUCAAGUACUUAUGUUCAGUUUACAUCAGUGGAGGUAGAAAUGUAGCACUUCAUCAGAGGACCACACAGGCCAGGAUCUACCCGUAUACGUCACUGUCCAAGAAUGCUGUUGAUGGCAACAAGGGCAACAUUUUGGAAUAUCACAGGUGUACAAAAACAAAUUUUGAUGACAACAGCCCUGCAUGGACUGUGAUCUUCUCCGGGAAACUGACAGUGAACAGAUAUGUGCUCUACAAUGGAGCAACAAUUUCUCACAGACUAGAGGGAUUCCUACUAGAAAGUUUCAGUGAAGAAGGGACUAAUGUGUUCAGGUUUAAGGAUCCUGUGCCUACAGUCCCAGGCGUGUACACAGUUACAUCAACAGCACCAACCUCUCCGAUUUCACUUGUAAAGAUACAGAGUACCAGCUUUUUGGUACUGUGUGAAGUUGAAAUUUUUGGGGAUAGUUUAUGUGAGUCUGGCCAGUAUGGGCGGGAAUGUGAACACAAGUGUGCCUGUGCAGAUAAAAAUGACACAUGCUUUGUCAGCACUGGAGGAUGUCCUUCUGGGUGUGCUCCUGGUUUCCAAGGGGAAUCUUGCAGUCAAGCCUGUGACCAUGGAACUUAUGGAGCAGACUGCAGCUCCUCCUGCUCUCAGUUCUGUGUGACAGGGGACAUCAGUGAGUCUGCCUGUGAUCAUAUUGAUGGUAGCUGUCUUCAUGGAUGCCAGGCUGGAUAUCAGGGACCCAAGUGUGACCAAAGUAGGUUGCCAUUUAUUUACUUCACACAUCAUCAUUGUAUCUAUAGCUGGGCAGACCAUAUAUACAAUAAAUAA